AUGGAAAACGACAAGGGUCAACUAGUUGAACUAUACGUUCCAAGAAAGUGUUCUGCCACCAACAGAAUCAUCAAGGCUAAGGACCACGGUUCCGUGCAGAUCAACAUUGCCCAGGUCGACGAGAACGGCCACGCCGUCCCAGGUGAGUACAUCACAUACGCCCUAUCCGGCUACGUCAGAGCCAGAGGUGAGGCCGACGACUCCAUGAACAGGCUAGCUCAAAAGGACGGCUUGUUGAAGAACGUCUGGAGCUACUCCCGUUAA